AUGACAGACACUUCGGAACUUCCAUCGACUCCAACGAGUCGAACACGACCUCUAGGUACAACAUCUAUGACAAGUACUACCAAACACAAAUUUCACAUACAAAGCGCACCUCCACUUUCAUUGCAACAGUACAUACGUUCUACGGUUCACCCUCCUAACACAAAAAGAUGGCAAACAUCUGGUAAAUAUCGUCCGCCCAUAUUCACUGCAUAUUUAUCACCUGCAGUUCGUCCUAAACCAAAACCGGAAAUUCCUGUUUGGCGUCCGCCAAGUCCAUAUCGAGAACCACGACCAACAGCAUUUAGUCCAGAAAAUAAACCUCAACCAUCGAUUCAUGAACCCCCUUGGAAACCGGCAGGCAAAACAAUAUACGAACCCAUACCUUAUUUCGAUCAACCUAAUCUAAGAUGGUCAGUUCAAGAACUUCGUCGAUCCUUAUCUGAAAUGACACCACGAACAGUUCGUUCUUCCAGCAGCCUGUCAAGAUCAAGAAAAACUGACGUAACUGAAGAGACAUAA